GAUCAAACCAGUGCUCGUGAUAGGGGUACAUAAGUACACCCCGGACUGUGGGCUAUCAAGUGGGUACCAGGUCCUCCCGGAACAGCAAUCCUCCAACGCUCCAUCUGAACGAUCAGCAUGGGCGAGGAACGAUACCCGCACCCUUUCACGGAAAAGGAGCAAGGAGAGUACUACGACUCGGAUGAAGAAGGCGACUCCGAGAAGGAUAACCCUCGGACGCUCAUCGAGUUGCGCAUGUGCGCGCUCUCUGCGACUAUCCGAGAAAAGCCGGAGUGGUACAACAAGUUCCGCGACGCGAAGAUCCAGGAGAAAUGGAGAAAGGAGAUCCAGGAGCAGCAGGCAGACUUACAUGACAGUCAGAAGUUGACGUCGAACAUGGUGAACUAUAUAAUGGAAGAACUUGACGCCUACGCUGCAUUGCGGGACGCGGAAACAGGGAUAGAGGCUGGACCGUACGAGAAGAUUUGGCGAUCCGACCAACUCAUCCCUCCUUCACUGAAAGCUAGCCUUGUGCAAGCCGUUCUCCCCCUCGAAUCGGUACCUGACGAUCAGAAGGAUUGGCACCCGGGCUCUGACGGUCAAGUUUUGGAUCUCGUUCACCCUUCUCUAUACCCCAUCGUGUACAGAUGGACUGUGCGCACUACGGGCGAAAUUGUCGACUCACCUGACGAAGACGAUAUGUUCACGUCCGUGAUGUUUCAGUGGCUGCCGUCCGACUUCGACGUAUCCUCCGAUGGCUCUGUUCGUCUUGCGUCGCCCUACAUCAACAACGUGCACCCCAACGAUCAUCGCGACCUGAUGAACGUAAUACCCCAAGUCCUGCAGCAGGCCGUACCAAUGUUUGAACGUGUUCUGUCCGACUUGUCUCGGGAGAAGCCUUUACCGACACGGAUUGAACUCGGCGAUCGCAAGUUCCCGGCCUGUGUGUGGCCAGAUGGAGACGUCCCUAAUCCUUCGGAUGACGACGACGACGACGAACAGUGGUAUGAUAACCAGCCAAAGGUUUGGCCGGAAAGUAAGCCACACUACGCUGGAAGCCUCGACGAGGUGCAGAGGACGGUCAGCUUGCACGGCCAACGGCUGCAAGUGAUUGUGAAGCUGGCCAACAUCGUGCUCACGCCGGACAAACCUGAGUAUCCCGGCGGAAAAUGGCACGUUGAAGGCAUGAGGAACGAAUCAAUAGUUUCGUCUUUCAUCUACUACUAUGAUUGCGGAAAUACCACCGAAUCCAGGUUAUCCUUCCGCCAUGCCGUUGCCGAACCUCGUUAUCACUGCCAAGACGAUUCAUACUGCAUGAAGCACCUUUACGGCAUUGACAGAGAUGAUCCGUGCGUGCAAGAGGUCGGCAGCGUGAUCACGAAGCAGGAUCGCUGCAUCGCCUUCCCGAACCUGUACCAACACCAAGUGUCCCCCUUCAAGCUAGCCGAUCCCACGAAACCCGGACACCGCAAAAUCCUCGUCUUCUUCCUCGUUGAUCCGCACGUGAAGGUGCCCUCUGCGACCGACGUCGCUCCUCAGCAGCGUUCAUGGGUGCGCAGGGCGAUGGGUGAAGCGCCUGCGGGAUCGUUGUGGAAUAAGCUUCCGGUGGAGAUCCUGGAUUAUAUCGCCAAUUACUCCUUCACCAUGAGCGAGGACGAGGCGAAGCAGUAUCGGCUGGAACUCAUGAAGGAGCGCACCGUUUUCGUUGACACGGUUAACGAGGAGCGUUUCGGGCAAGAAUUCAACAUGUGCGAACAUUAAGGCCAUCCGAGUCCUCACCGGUACGGUCAAGGACACGUCGACAGGCCGCGUAGCGCUCGAAUACCUGAUAUGAAUGUACUGCACAGAGCAAUAUAUGAUUUUC